AUGGGCUGUGCAUCCUCGCGACCUUCAAGCAAGACCUCCUCCCACAGCUCCCGCAGCUCUCCCCACGGCUCCCAUAGCACCCCUCACCACUCCCACAGCACUCCCCACACCCCCCGCGUUGCCCCUCAGGCUUCUCGUAGGUAUGCAGGUCAAGACACCUACGGAACCACCUACAUGCCCGCCCCCCCUCGCCCCACAGCCCGCGCCGCGCAACCCACCCCCCGCUACGACGGCCCCGACAUGCUGUCCUUCGACACGCACUACGGCCGCGCCUUCAGCCCCGUGCCGCUGCAACCGCUUCCCCGCGCAGCAAGCCGCGACCUGCCGCCCAUGCCCGCGGCGCCCGCGCCCACAGCGCGCAGCCGCUCGCGCACGGGACGCGGCGCGCACGACGGGGAGUAUCAGUCCAGUGCGGGCCUGGGCGCGCUGCCGCCGCGGCCGCGCAACUUCCGUAACUCCGCGGUCAGUAUUCCCGAGAUCUGGUAUUCGGAGCCGCGGCAGGCGCCGACGUGGGAGGAGCUGCGCAGUGUGAGUCCGCUGGGCUCGUCGCGGUUUGAGCGCCCGAUUGAGAUGGCGGCGGUGAGGGGCAAGAGCGGUGCAGCGCAGGGGCGUGGUGUCCAGCGUCGAGGUGGGACGCAGCAUGGGCGGAGUGCUCAGCGUGGUGUUGGGACCCAGAAGAACGCGGUGAAGCAGGGGUCAAACUUCCGGGGUGGGAUUGGGGGGUGGGAGCUGUACUGA